AUGAGCCACAAAAGAAUUUGUGUAGAUCCAUACCAAGAGGCGCCAGAGAAGAAGAAAAAGAAAGAACACCAUACUUCCACCACCAAAACAGCGAAAAGCCCCUCCCAACCGGAGCAUGAAGAAUCGAAAACACUAUCGGUUCUGCCGUCCAAUCCUACUGACGGACACACCAAACCAAAACCUAAGCCUCUCCGACCGCCAACAACUCUACUUGACAUUGGCAUAUCUAUUGAGGAUUGGAAGAUGCUGGAAGAGUCUCAGAAGAAUCUUCCACGGUUUCUCUUUCGUGCCUUCGGUUCCAAGUCUGGGGGCGACCCUCGUCUGAACACUAGAUCCGGUAUAAUCCCAAGAGGAUUUCUCGACUCUAAAACGCCGACGAACAUGUAUGAGAAUCGUCAUCUCUGGUACAUAAUCGACAGACAUUUGGGCGGAGUAGAUAUCAACACCGACUUUAGCUCAUGGGCGAGCUGCAUUACUAUGGCUUUGAAAUAUGCCAAUAUUGCGUCAUACGUCGCAAUCAUCGACGUAACUCUAUUAGCACCACAUGUAAAAAUUUACCACGUCUUAGAUUUAUAUCGGGUCAAGCUUGCGAAAGACGAAUACCCACAGGAGUAUCUAGCAUACGGUCCAAUCAGCGGUCCCGCAUUUCACUGCGUUAACAUGGAGGAUAUAAAGAAUACAGCUUACUAUAGCCUCGCUGGACGGUCUUAUGGUACUGAUGGUUACUUCGAUGGGGAUAUAUACGAAGAUCCAGGGAAGAGAGUCGCCACAGCGAAAAAGUUGGCUAGCCUGUUUCGCCCUAACCACGACAAACGCCCAGAUAUUAUUAUAGCACUCACGGCGGCCUUCUCGAGUCUGCCAUAUUGUGGGUUUCGCACUGGCUAA